AAUUCGUGUCUGUCUGGUCACUACAAGAUAUGUUAAACAGCUGAACACUAAUUCAUACUGUCAAAAUAAUUAAAUUUUACAACGCUAGCGCUCAAAACAUUUGUUAUUUCUUCAAAUUAAAAAUUCAAAACUCGUUUUAAUAGAAAAUAGUAAAACAAGAAAAUAUUAUGGAUACUGAUAGCGAGCUAACUGAGGGUGUCGGUGCACUGCGUAUGUCGUUGCGUGAACGACCACGCAAACAACAGUCAGAUCGGCGACUACGCGAGCGCUCAGAAGAUUUAAAGUUCCUGGAGGAUUUUGAUCCUGAAAAAUCAAAUCGUGAAAAGCGCAAGCUGAAGCGCAAGCUAACCAAUUCACGUUCUACAGUUUAUGAUGAGUAUGGUCACAUGCGUCAUAAUGGCAUGGAUAUAUGUGACUGCUUGGAUGAAAAGUGUCCAGGUUGUUGGUUUGAGUGCAAAAAUUGUGGCUCAACGCGCUGUGGUGUACAGUGUCGUGUGAAUAGAAAACAGUUCGUGGAUGAAAUCACAUUUGAUGGCAAAGAUGUGGUGAUAAAAAACAAAUUUGUAUUGUAGUUGAUAAAAGUAAGAUUUUAAAAACAAUUGAGGAACUUGUUAUAUAUAGAUUUCCUGUUGCACAGUUGUACAAGGCUGUUUUUUAAAAUUUUAUAUUGCAUUAAGUAUUUAAUUAAUUAUUUCGCGCAUUGAUUUUCUUAAUUGUAAUAUACGGAUAUGUGCAUCUAUACAGAUUAUGAAAUAAAUUAUAAUACCUUUUUUAUAAAUGUAA